GAUCAUCACAAGGGCCGGGAACCAGACAAGGUGGGGAACCAGCAAAAUAGUCGGAAGUGGCCUCAUUCCACAGGUUUUGGUCAUUGUUAUUUUAAAGAAGAAGAAACUGUCAGGAUUUGACCACGCAUUGAGGUUGAAAGAUGCAGCAAAGUUCCAUUGGAAGACAGGGUCAACAAAACCAGGGACCCAACAUGAAUAUAAACAUCAAUAACCAAACUCAACCACAACGACGCCCUGUAGGACUUACGUUUCCAAUACAGGAAGGUUUUCAAGGUGGUCAAGCUAGGAUUAAUGAUGAUACGGAGAGUGAUGCAGGGUCGUUGUUGUAUGACAAUAACUUUGCUGGAAUUCAGGCUACACCAUCCUUUCAACAACCAGCACUGUCAGAAAAUACAAGGGAUCACAGUUUGCCAUCCAUAUUUCCUGUUCAGUCUGCAUCAGGAUGUUCAGGUGUUUCUAUGAAUAUACCUUCAGGGGGACAUCUCCGACCCUUGCAGAGUUACAAUGAGGAGUUAGUUGAACCAGGUGUAGUUGUGGACCUACAAAGAUUAAGAGGAAUGUUAAAACAGCGACAUGGUGAAUCUAAGUAUCAUAAGGAUGUACAAAAUUGUAUGAGGUCAUUUCAACAGGCUUUAUUUAGUGAAGAUGAUGCCUCACAAUAUGCCAUACAACUGCUAUACUAUUUGG